AUGAGUGAGGGGAAGAAAAUGUCAAAGUGAAAUGAUAUUACUCUAGCCGAGAUGAAAAAAUUUCUUGGCAUGAUUAUAAUGAUGGGCCAGGUAAAGAAAGAUGUAAAAAAUGAUUACUGGUCCUCAGAGUUUUAUACGAAAACACCAUCGUUCUCCACUAUAAUGCCACGUAAUAGAUUUCGCCAGAUUUGGAACACGUGGCAUUAUUCGAACAAUCAAACAAUAACCGGUUCUAAUAAGCUCGAGAAGAUUCAGCCCAUACUGAGCUAUUUAUUAGAUAAAUUUAAAUCGGUAUACACGCCUAGGAAAGAACUUUCGCUUGAUGAAUCCAUUAUUCCAUGGCGUGGAAAAUUAUCUAUAAAAACAUACAAUCCGGCAAAAAUAAUAAAGUACGGCCUACUUUGCCGUAUGCUAUGCGAAGCUAGAAGCGGAUAUAUUUCCAACAUGGAAAUAUACUGUGCAGAAAGCAAAAAAUUGGACCAGACAAUAAUGUCAUUACUUGAUAAAAAUAUAUGUUUGGGAUACCACUUAUACAUGGACAACUAUUAUAACAGCAUUAAUACCGCAGAAUUGCUUAUGAAAAAUGGUACACGAGUUUGCGGUACAAUUAGAGCAAAUAGAGGUGUUUCCGAGUCUUUACGGCAUCUCAGAUUGAAAACUGGAGAAUAUACUUGUAAAAGAAAGGGUGAAGUUUUAGUACAGGCGUGGAAGCCGAAACAGAAGAUCGUAUACAUGGUUUCCAUGAUACAUUCGGGAGAAUUAACGAAUACCAAUAAAAUGCACUGGAAAACGAAACAAGAAAUUAUAAAACCGCAUUCCGUCAUAGACUAUAACAAAUAUAUGAUGGGUGUAGAUUUGGCAGAUCAGUAUUUAUCAUAUUAUCCCAUCAUGAGAAAAACGGUGAAGUGGACAAAGAAGACAGUCUUGUUUCUUUUAAAUUGCGGCUGGUCGGCAGUCUGCGUCGAGCCACGAUAUGUUAAAGAGUGA